CUAAUCACAGGUGCAAGUUUUUCUGAUAGGCUGAAUUAAAUUUGGUGUCUGUUUUCCAUGUUCACGUUAUUUCCUCCUGGCAUUGGAUUUUAGAGAGAAAUUUUCUGAAUAGUUAAAUGUUAAUCUGUUUUUCAAAAACGCAAUAAUAAUGAUCCCGAGUGCAAAUAUUGAGGAAGAUAUAGAGAUUUUAAUUCUCAUUGGAAGUAAACUAGAUAAUAUUCUAAAAUUAUCUAAUUGGCCGGUAGCGUAGAUUUGCGUUGUAUAGGUAAUAUAUGUCAGAAUAACUUUUCUAAUUAAUAUUAUACCCGCGAGAUUUGCAUCCAGGUCAGGUUACACUUACAAAUAAUUGCUACUUUGAAAUUUGAAAUCUAAUAUCGAAUAAUUUUUCACGUUAUGGGGGACUUUUGUUGAUGUUGUAUUGCAGGUUGCAUUUUAUUAAAUUAUUAGCCAGGAAUAUGAAGUUAUUUUUGUUUUAAAGUUUUUCAAAAUUUUAAUCAAAUAUAUUGGCAAGUAAAAUUUGUUCGUUGUGUAUUAUAUACAAUUUAGGCAGUUACAUAAGUAAGGUUUUCAUUGAUUUUGGGUACUCUUGCCUCUUUUUUUAAAUAACCGCAAUUAUCAAAUCAAAAAGAGUUGUUAAAAAUGAAAAGUUUGAAGCAAAACUGUAAUUUUCAAAAUGAAUGACACAGCAUUACUUCUUGUUUUUUAAAAGUUAAAGAAAUUCAAUUUAAAACCCCAAUUCCUUGUCAUUUUUCCUAAUGAUUUUGAUAAAAAUUGCUAAUUUAAAAAAAUAUUACCUAAAAAAUAUAAAAUUCUCUCCAAAGAAAAUUUUACAUUCUUUUCAGGCUUCCCUAAUUAGAAUUUUUAGAGUGCACCUAGAGCGCUCCAAAGCAAGCAGGUCGUGAAAAGUCUCUUUCACCACGCGAAUAGGUGUUGACGCUCAUAGCGUCUUGGAAACCCUGUUACAGGCGCUGACUGCUCGCGGCUUUCCUCUUCGCGUGGCUGCCUGUUGCGCGCAUGUGCCCCUGCCGAGGGUCUCUCGCAGCCGAGCGACCCUCCGUCCGCGUAUUCCACCCUCGACAAGGAUCCACAUCGGUCGGUCGGCCAACAACCGUCUUCACUGUCGUGGCACUCGGAGCAGCAAUAAGUCCAGAUGGACGACGAAGGUGCAGACAUGGCGUUCCGCUAUUUUCAGCAACUGAACCUUUCGUACAACUACUCGGACUUUAUGCUGUCGUGGUUGCUGAACAACACGCACCAGUUCAUUGACCACGACAUAAUCCUCAAGUACUCGCGCAACCGCAGCCUCGACUCCUCGUGGACCUUCUUCGGCCUUGUGGCCGCCUACUCGCUGCUCAUCGUGCUCGGCUCUUGCGGCAACGGCCUCGUCGUGGUCGCCGUCGUCCGCAAGCCGGCCAUGCGCACCGCCCGCAACCUCUUCAUCGUCAACCUGGCCGUGUCUGAUCUGCUGCUGUGUCUCGUCACCAUGCCGCUCACCCUGAUGGAGGUGCUCACCACCUACUGGCCGCUCGGCACGCACGACCUGCCCUGCAAGAUGCUCGGCGCCAUGCAGGCCACCAGUAUUUUUGUCUCCACCAUUUCCAUCACGGCCAUCGCUCUUGACAGGUACCACGUAAUAGUGUACCCGACGCGGCCCGCCCUGCAGGUGGUGGGCGCCGUGGGCUUUCUCUUCGUCAUUUGGCUGACGGCCGUGCUUCUGGCCGCGCCCCUCUUCAUCUGGCGAACGCUGCAGGUGCACGCGGUCAACCUGGAGGGCAUCAGCACGGUGGCGUUCUGCGUGGAGGAAUGGCCCGUGCAGCACGGCCGCGCCCUGUACUCGAUCUUCUCGCUGGUGGUGCAGUACCUGCUGCCCAUCGUGACGGUCAGCGUCGCGUACUCGCGCAUCUGCCGGAAGCUGCACCACCGGUACGUGCGCUCGGCCCGCAAGGAGCCCCGACGCAAGGAGGACAAACGCAUGCGACGCACCAACGCACUCCUCGUCGCCAUUUCGCUCAUCUUCUGCGUCAGCUGGCUGCCGCUCAACGUCUACAACGUGCUCGUCGACGUGCACAACCCUUUCACCGACCGCCAGUACAUGCUGAUCGCCUACGCCAUUUGCCACAUGAUUGGCAUGUCGUCGGCCUGCUCCAAUCCGCUCCUCUACGGCUGGCUCAACGACAAUUUCAGAAAGGAGUUCAAAGAAAUCCUUGCCGUGUUUUGUCCCUGGAUUCCGGUCGAGGCUGUUCAGGAGCGCGUCAACUCGAUCCGGUCCAGCAUGCGCGAGAGCCGGCGGCGGAGACGUGCAGAAAAAGAGGUCAUCUCCCAAGGUCGCAGUGGCGUCGCGAGCGGCGACGCCAGGGGCGGCGCCGGCAGCGGCAACAAUGGCGUCCGCGAAAGCGAUAGCCUGACCGCCGUGGGCCCCAGCAUGGAGCCGGUGCUGACCAACGUGGUGGCCGUCAACAGGGACAGCCAGCAGGGCAACAACCUGAGCGUUGACACGCAGGUUGCAUACCGCAAGGCGCUCGACACCAGUGUCAUGGUGGCCGAGAACAUUUCCGGCCUCACUGAGAUGACCGUGCUCACCAACACCAGUCCUGCCCUGCAGCACCAGGUGUAGGGCAAGGUCUACGCCCGAUAACCUUUUAGAUAUAGUGUGACCAACUUGAACAUAUGUGAGAGCUCAAAUCAUCCUUCUGCGUCGUUUUAAGUAAAAUAAAUAUAUCACUGUGCCCCGCCGCUUGCCCCCAAUUGUUAUCGGUGUUCACGAAGCCGAAAUUCUCGAGGCGCCACCCGCCAGCAUCUGAGCCCCAGCGUGUUGAUUUCGAUUCGUCUUUCCUUUCCCGCCAUGCGCCGGCGGGUAAGAGCAAAGAAGGGUGGUGUUCCGCGAAUUUGAUCUCCCUUCGCCAAUGCGUGUGUCCCAAACGAGCUGUGUUUUAUGACUUUUAUGCAAGAAAAAGACUGAACUAACAGUUAUGGAAGAAAAAGACAGGCUGAGAAGAUAAAAACUGCGUCAAUAUUUGUAGUAAUAAAAUGUUUCCGGGUAUUUGUGAAAACCUCGAUUACAUAGUUGGUUUAGUUAGUCUCAUCGUUGUUGUGUUUAUUGUUCUACAGUUUACAAUAAAGUUUUGAGAUAAUACAUCUUUGGUG